AGCCUGCCUCUUCUUUUUCCAGUUUCUGCUCAUUCGGUAGCCCGGUUUCUUCUUUCUGCGCUGACCGGUGUGGUCCUCUGCAUGCAUGAGCACCAGGUUGAUCAGAGUAGCGACAACCAUCACAGCUUUCUCGGCUUCUCCAUCGCCGCUAAGGAAUAUUGCAGAUACGGUGUAUGAUACGGUCCUCCUGAUUCCCUGUCGCCUUGUCGUCAGGAGAAGGGGCGGAGCAGUGACAAAUGCUCUGAAAGCGUUGAGCAACGGCCUCCGACUCCCGACUGUGGGGUAGGACGGCCAUCGAGCUCGAGGCGCGAGAGUUAUGUUUCUAGGUUC